AUGGGACUACGGGCAAUUUGGACGCUUCUUCUGCAAAAGGUGUCGGCCUGGUGGCUAUGGGGAGAAACGAGCAUCCCGGACGAGGUUCCCCCUCUCAAUUUCAGUGUGCUUGUUGGGGAGGAGGCUGGCCGAGAGUGGCUGCAAGGGGCGGAGGCUAGGUCGGGCGAUAGCACUGCUGCGCUUGAAGGGGUUCAACAAGUCGAAGGUCGACGAUCGACCAACAUUCCGCCACGGUGGGAUUCCAGCACCUGCAUGGAGAGUUGGGGGGUGCCGGAGCUUCAGACGGAGGUCGAUCCUGGGGGUUAUCUGUUGUUCUCGGAGGGAAGGUACCAUCGAAUCCUAGAUCUCUGGGCGUUUCGAGCAUUGCUGCGAGAUCGCCUCCUGUCGGCGGAAGGUUUUCUGACGGUCCUUUCGGCGGAGUGGGAGCAGACGCUGCUGCCCAGCCUCGUCACAGCGGGCAACAUCACAUCCUUUUUUGAGGAGUACGACCAGUGGCAGGCGAGAGCGUGGCGGCGGGAACCCGUGGAUCUUCUGAGGCCAAACCCCUUCUACCUGGGUUUAGUAGGAAAACUCAUUGAGGCGCAGGAGGGUUGGAAGGACGGCGGGUUCUUGUCUGUGCAGUGGAGGACGGAGACGUCCACCGGAAACUUGACGGAGUGCUACGGGGUCCACGUGCGGUCGGCGGUAGAAGAGCGGCGUCUUUCAUUGGGAUUUAGUCGAAGCCAGGUGUUCUUCAAUACCGAUCUGGUGGGGGAGACCUCGACAACCUACAAUGCCACGGUGGUGUCCGCUUACAGCGGCGUCGUGGAUGCAAUCCGCGGGGACUACCCUGUGGCGAUGGAUAACACCGUCUACGACAUCCUAAAUGAUGAACAGGACGCAGGCGUGAAGGCAAUAGUAUCCGGCUUGAUCUCCGCCUCGGCGGACUUCCUGCUUACCUCGUCAUUCAACGGCACCGGCAGCAACGAGUGUCAGAAGCCUCACUCCAAGUACAUCGACCUCGUCACGGACUGGCGGUUGGACGUGGUCGGGAAAGACCUCUCAUCUAUCGGGCAGAUGCUACCGCUAUUGUCGCUUGAAGAGGGAGGCGAGGACGGCACGCCUCUGGCUCUGCUUGUGCUGUUGGCGGGACUUGUGGCUCUGGCGGCUGUGUUGGUUUGGAACCAGCGUGUGAUUGGACGGCCCCGAUCGAAGAAGGUCCCGUAG